UCAACACUGAAAUGAAAAUCGGCAUCCACGGGAUUUUGUUGGCCAAACCUGGUCCUGCAAUUUUGCUGGAAACCAUCGCUGUUGCCGUGGCAACUUGAGGCCCGCCUCACACAACAAGGAAAGGCCAAGAAGAACUAAAGCCCGAGGCCCACUACUCUGCAUUAAAUAUAAACUUCGAAGACACAGAAGGAAGGACUCCCGCGCGCACUUCGGCGGAAACGAGAUAAGAGCGGCCUGUGUUGCUUUUUGGCCCUCGCCGCCUCCUUCCCCAAAACAUUUCCCCCUCGCGCGUCCGUCAUCCCCCUUCGGUGACUGGGCGCCGGGCCGGCCCGCUGGAACGUCGGAGCGCUGACGGACAUCAUCAUGAAUCACUCUCUCUCUCUCUCUCGCUAUCGCUCGCUCUGCCGCUGCUUUUCUCCGCACUUCAGCCAUAACAAAAAUGAGCUGGGAGAAAAUCAGCAGCAGGCUUUAAAUGCGGGAGAGAUUGCUAGAAGGUGUUAUUUUGGCGGGGCCGGAAGUGGAGAUGUGCGACGUGCAAAGUGAGCUGCACGGUCUCGGCGUUACAUUUAGGCAGCAUCCAACUUCCAAAACAUGUAGGUUCGGCACCAAGUGUGGCCAGUGUGGCCGCCAGGUGUAUGCCAGCGACUGGGUCCGGCGUGCCCGGGGCAGCGUCUACCACCUGGCCUGCUUCGCCUGCUUCUCCUGUAAGCGGCAGCUGUCCACGGGGGAGGAGUUUGGCCUGGUGGAGGGCAGGGUCCUGUGCCGCAGCCACUACGACGUCAUGCUGGACAACCUGCGCAGGGCGGCGGAAAACGGGACAGGGCUGACUCUGGAGGGGGCGCUGCCCUCGGACCAGGACUGCCAGCCCAAACCAGCCAAGAGGGCGCGGACGUCCUUCACGGCAGAGCAGCUGCAGGUGAUGCAGAGCCAGUUUGCACAGGACAACAAUCCUGACGCUCAGACUCUGCAGAAACUGGCGGAGAUGACAGGACUGAGCAGACGAGUCAUCCAGGUUUGGUUCCAGAACUGCCGGGCGCGACACAAAAAGCAGCCCCCCCUCGGCAGCUUCUCUCAGAGCAGCACCUCGCUGGGCAGGAUGCCCCCCUCCCUGCACGAAGACCACAUGCAGUACUCCCCCUUCAGUGGCCCCGACCGACCUCACCUGCUCGCCCUGCACGGCUACCUGGAGAGUCAUCCUUUCUCAGUCCUCAGUGCUCCAGGCCACUUGAGCCACCCGGGCCUCCCUUUACCACAACUGCCGAUCAGCCGCUGACAUCCUGCACCCACUCAAGGACGCCGGCGCCUUUCAGCGUCCGGCUUGAGUUCCCCCCGUCGAGCGCCUCGCCUUGUUUGUUGGCGACGCACAAACAUGGCGUUUUGUCCCACCUGCAGCACGUUGGGCCUGCAGCACUUGUUUGAAAUGGAUGUUGUCGAUGAGCACGUAGGCGGCUUUCAUGUGGUCCGUCCUCGUCUGUGGACGCUUUUAUUUAUUGGAAAGGAAAAAACUCAGCACUUUUUUUAAAUGUGUCUUGAAUUGUACGGACGGUAAAUGUUGUAAAUAAGUUGAAUAAAGCACCCCGGAUGUGUUUA